AUGCUUAACAGGCUUCCAUUGGCCAUAAUGGCUGUCCUUCCGCUCGCCAAUGCCCGCUUCAACAAACCAAGAGCAGCAACCACUGAUGACAUCCGGUGCUGCCCCUGUCUACCAAGUGCACUCAGUCCCAGCGGUACUACAGUCACUGUUACUGUUACAAGCCCCAAAGAAACUGUAACAGUAGACCACACAGUCGUCCAGCCUGCGACUACCAUCUUCGUCACUCAGACCUUUAUCCCUGAAUCAUCUCCAGUUGUCACACAAGAGGUCACUGUUCACCCUGAGCCAUCGGUUCAGACGAAUACAGUGAUUGGUGGCGGUACUGGCAGUCCGGACAUUCUGACUUCACUCAAAUCGGCCACUACAAAAACCGUUACGAAGACAAUACUACCCGGUGGAGCUCAGACUGGAGGGAGCCAGCCUGAAUCGCCCACGACUGUGACAGUGACGAUUGGACCGGACCAAAGCAGCCCUGAUGCGAAGACCACAGCUGUAGAGUCUAAGCCAGCCAGCUCCCCAUCUAUUGCGUCUAACUCUGCUGUGACUGUUACCAUCAGUCAAGCGAAGCAAUUCCCUUCAGCCGAAUCGCCGAGCUCAGCAAAUGGUGCCACUAUCACCUUAAUCGCUGCCAGCGAAUCAGCAGCCGGUUCUCCUACAACCAGCCCAAGCGUCAAGACUGUGACCUUUGUACAGGAGCCAGAUACUGUCGAGACGAUCACCUUUGCGGAUCCGGCAAACCCGAGCACCACCACUGUGACACUGGCAAGCAACUCGUCAGGUCCAAGCGUUAUUUCUUUCCCUACAAGCCCGGCAGGCCCAAGCACUACUACAAUCACUUUGACCAACAACCUGUCAAACUCGAGCGUCGAGACUGUUACCAUUGUGGAGAAUCCAGUAAGCCCAAGCAGCACUAUCAUCACUCUGGCUGGCAGCCUUUCCGGUCCUCCAAUCGUCCAGAUGGCAAGCUCCAGUGCUGCAGCAGCAACUCCAGCAAGCAGUCCUUCCAACUCUCCUAGUUUCCAGACGGCACCUUUGAUGGAGAAUUCACCAAAGCCAAGCUCUACCCCAGAGACUCCCGCAAAGAGUUCACCAACACCAGUCUCAUCGAUCUCCAUCAUCAAUAACUUGGCAGCUCCAAACGCAACAGUGACCUUUAUCCCAAUUCCCUUAAUCAACUCUUCGCCUCUCCAGCCAGCCAUCACAGCCCCACCACAAGUCGGCACAAUCUCCCCGAACAUAAACCAAUUCACUACUCUCACACAGACAGUCACUUCUGGAAACACAGUCAACAUCGAAAUCACAAUCAUCAACAUCUUUACUGGAGAGACCAUCUGCAGAAAGAAGGGCAGCGGCAAGCCGUGCGAUUCGAAGCCCAAGAUUCAUGCUUCGGGAGAAAUUGGUUGCUUGACGACUGGGGUCUGUACGGAGACGGCGACUGCUUUCAACACUGUUAUUGUGACGGUUGAGUCGGGCAUUUGGACUAAUGGGACAACUGCAACUGGAGCUGCUCUACCGCUUGGAACAGGAACUGCUGUUGCUGUAGUAGGAACUGGCAGCCCUAUGAUCCGUAGGGGCAGAAUGCCAAUGAUUCGAAAGCGCUUUUAA